GCUAGCACUAGGCCACGCUCCACGCGCUGCCCGGUCCUCGCGCUCGCCGAACACAUGAAUGAAUGGCAAUACAGAUCGUGCAUUGCAUUCCAAUCCAUUCUCGUUCAAUGCAUGAGGGGCUCCACGGCCGCCCUCAUGGCGGCGGCGGCGCUGCUGCUGUCGCCGGCGCUGCUAAUGCUGCGGCUGGUGUCUCCGGCGGAGGCCCCGGACGCGUACGAGCAGGAGACCCGCCGGAUGUUCGCGGAGUGGAAGGCCAAGUACAGGAAGACCUACAAAUACGCCGGCGAGGAGGAGUGCCGGUACGCGGUGUUCAAGGAGGCCCGCCGCCGCGUCGCCCGGGCCCACGCCGCCGGGGUGACCACAUCCGGCCUCAGCGGCCACGCCAGUGAGGAGGUCUUCGUUGGGUACGGCGGCGGGCCCCGGAUGGAGGAGCGAGCGUACGAGGAGGAGACCCGCCGGAUCUUCGCGGGGUGGAAGGCCAGGCAUGGCAAGGCCUACAGAGACGCCGGCGAGGAGGAGUGCCGGUACAAUUUGUUCAAGGCCAAUCGCCGCGUCGUCGUCGGGCUCAACGCCGCCGCAGCCGACGGGGAAACUUCCCCGGCGGCGUACGGCCUCAACCAAUUCGGCGACCUCACCAACGAGGAGGUCCGCGAAUCCUGCGGCGGGCGCGGCGGGGAGAUGAUGGGAAAGCUCAGCGCCAGGUGCCGGGCCGCCGUCGCAGGGGACACCAUCCAUGAGCUGAUUCGGUCCCAGCUGAGGUAACCAUUGC